CCUUCUUUCAGUAAACAAAUAAAAUUAUUUGGGUGUAAAAUUGGAGAGAAAUAGGUGUAUUCUGAGAGAGACUCAGAGAGAGAGAGAGGGAGAGAGAGAUGGUGGCUAUGGAGACUGCAAUUUGUGGUCGUGUUGCUCUUUCUCCUACUCAUGUCAUUCAUCCCAAAUCUGGGGAUAAAUAUCUUUAUAAGCAAUGUGCAAACCGGAGCAAUUUCAUGGCUAUGUCAGCAACAACAGUAGGAAAAGGCGGCGGGGUGAUGGACAAGCCAGUAAUUGAGAAGACAACCCCAGGCCGUGAAUCCGAGUUUGAUGUAAGGAAAUCAAGGAAAAUGUCUCCACCUUAUCGGGUGAUGCUGCACAAUGACAACUACAACAAGAGGGAGUAUGUCGUUCAAGUGCUGAUGAAGGUUAUUCCUGGGAUGACAGUCGACAAUGCUGUCAAUAUUAUGCAAGAAGCACAUCACAAUGGCUUGGCGGUGGUAAUCAUCUGCGAUCAGGUAGAUGCUGAAGAUCACUGCAUGCAGCUCAGAGGUAAUGGUCUUCAAAGCUCGAUUGAGCCUGCAAGUGGAGGUUGUUAAGUGCGUUUUAGAAUUCCGCAGCUCUAUAUAUUAUCUGCGCGAAUUAAGAUACUAGGUUUAUGGUAAAAAAUGUACAUAGAAGCACAACUGUUUGAACCUUGUUUGCAAUGAUAUACAGUGAGAAGGCAUAUGUGAGGGCACAAAUAAGGCUAGUUAAGCCAAAUGGUUGGUGAAAUUUACUGUACAGUGAACUGGAGUCUACUUAUUGUAGUUUCUUCGGUUCCCUAAAGUAAUGGAGUCGAUGUUUUGCUUCAAAAA